AUGGCCAUAUCCCAAGGUCCCGUCAGCGUAGCUAUGGCCACCCAUAGUACUCCGGUCCAUCCUGAAAAGACUUCCAGUAUCGUCUCUGAGAAUAACAUUCAGACCACACCCACGGAGCUACCGGACAAGGAGCGAUACAUUGUAGUAUCACCCUAUACCGAGCAACAACACCUUCUCGACCUCACAACCCUUGACCCUGAGAACCAGAUUUUGGCACUUGCCCUAAGUCAGUUGACAUGCCUCCGUGAGGACUACGCAACUGCGCCAUACCGCGACACCUUCAACUGGGACCAGAUCAUCGAACACGUUCGCGCACUCGCACGAAAACGUAACUACACAUGGAAGGAGACUUCCUUCUUUGUUGUUGCUUUCCGGUCACAAGUAUUCGAGUCGACGGUCGAGAACUAUGCGGACCUGGGUGAGCUGGACAAGGCUGCCCAUGCUGAAGCCACCGCAAGUGGAGGGUUCUUGAAGUACUGGUUCGGCACGCCAAAUGAGGAGCGUCGCAACCUUGCAACCUGCAUCUGGAGAUCCCCAGAAGAUGCGAAGAAGGGGGGCACUGGCCCUGCGCACCGAAAAGCGGCCGGGGCAACCAGGUCGCUGUAUUCCUUCUGGCAUAUUGAUCGCCAUCGGUUGACCAUCCGAGACAAUGUUGAGAGCUGGGAUCUCACCGAGUGGAAUUGA